AUAUUUUAGCAUCCAUGAUUUCUAAAACCUCUCAUCUACAAAUGACAAUAAAAAUAGCCAAAAAUCCAUUUACAGACUGCUAAAUCUAACUACAAAUCGGAAGCUAACUUCAGUGUGAAUAUGGCGCGCUAUUUUGAUAUGAUAGGCCAUUGUUGACUGUACUUCUAAGACCGGUGUGAAAAGUUAAGUUUGUGUCUCUGUUUUCUUUACACAGACACAUUCAGCAUAUGGUUAUCGCUUUAUUUUCAGCAGCUCUGCCACGAAAGCCACCGGCUCCAGCCUGAAGGGAGCGAACCCGACAGGAAUCUUCACACAAUGGAGAAGUUGUCAUCAGAUGAUUCGAAUCGAAAUGUCCACGGCCUCUCAUACGGUGGCAAGAUACUCCUAUUCACCUGCAAACGUGAUCCAGCCGUGAAUGUAAGCGAAAGAAGCGGCCUGACGUUCCGCAGUUUCUACUUUGAACGUGAAGGCAACGCGUUCCUGAACGCAACAGAGGGAGCAACUGCAAUCAGUAGGAAACUAUCAGCUCAUGUUGACAUUGUGACGUGUAAAUGCGCAGUAGAUGUUCAGAAAAGGGUUAAAACUGCGUUCGUUUUGGUAACAAAGAAGAGUGAGAAGGGAAGCAGCUUUAAGUACAGCCUACUCGCUCUGAGAAGCUCACACCGGCUGGAGCCCUGCAUUGAGUUCAAGCUACCCUACCAAAUGAAGGGUAAGGUGUCCAUCCUUCAGGGCCCCACAGUGAUGUGGAGCCAUGACAACAGUGUGUCUUAUACAUCCCCUCAAGCAGAAGGCGUGCGAAAAAUCCCCAUUCAAAUGUCAAAAUGUCUUUUUGGAGAACUUCCCAUCCAGAAAGGACAGCUUUUUGCUCUUGGACUUUCAGAACCACUUUUAGCUAACCAUUCUCCAACACUUGGCUAUUUGCUUGAGGGUGGACAAGCGUUUGAUGGCUCUCUGGUUUUACCACAUCCCUACAUUUGCAUCACACAGUGCAUGCGGGUUCUCACUGCUGACAGAGUAGAUGACGUGCUGAGAUGUACUGUUGUUGCAGCAACUUCAAAUCAGCAGCUUGUGCUUUUUGAAAACGGGACAGUAAAAGACACAUGCGAGGUUCCCUUUGGGCAGGCUGAGGACAUUCAGAUGGCAGACACAGGAAGAAACGGAUGUCUGUUUGUUGUAUCCUUUAAACAGGGCCAUGUUUGUGCCGUAUGGAAGGAAACAUUCCAGAUAGCCUCCUGUUGGUCAGAUGUCGACUCCGCACACAUGGAUGAUUUCCUUGGAUGUGGAACAGAACAGAUUCUGUUGAUCUUUAGAAAUAACGGAAUAUCCAGUGGGCCACUGGAAAAAUUUACCAUCACUGACCUUUGUGGUAUUUCUUACUCUGUAAGGCUUCUGCAGUUACUUCAAGCUAUAUUAAUAAAGCUCCCU